AGAUGUGCUAACAUGAGAGUACGAGGGCUUGAAAGAGAAACUUUGUGAAACUUUGUUUCGGUUGUAUUCCAUCAUCAUCAGAGAGAGAGAGAGAGAGAGAAGGAGGCAACAACAACAACAAUCCGAUCGUGUCUGGGUUUGGUUUCCGGUGAGUUGCGACCAGAGCAGCGUCAUUACGUGUGUCUAGAGAGAUAGAGAGAGGGGUUUGGAUUGGGGCGGAUCCACCACCCAAUCCAUCAAAAACCGCCUUGGAAUAACUUAUAGCCGUGACUCAGUAAAUCAGCCAGAUCUAUAUUUAUUUUUUGUGAAAGGGAGGACUGUGGAAUGGAAUGGAAUGAUGAGCAGCAGCAGCAGCAGUAAAUAUUUAUAAGAAGGAAAGAAAUCUUUAUCAAAAAGUAAAGAAUGAUGUCUGGAGGCGAGGAUGAUAAGUCCCCGAUUCUAUUACGAACGAAUUCCUUAUCGGCUUUAGAUAUAGAAGAAGGGGCCCAGAAUUCAUCAUCAGCAUCAGGAGGUGGAGGUGGAGGGGGGAGAAGAAGCAUCAAGGAUCUGUUGUGGAAUCGAGCCUUUUCGGGAAGGCGUCUUAGCAUUAAACAACGCAGCAGCAGCAGCAGCAGCAGAUGGUCUCCUCGUAAUCAUCAUGUGUCCCCUAGAACUAAAAGACUAAUAAUAAAUGUUGAUGAUGAGAUCCUUGCAGACGGAGCUCCCCCCGAAUGGGCUUUACUCCUUGUUGGAUGUCUUCUUGGCCUUGCUACCGGUCUCUGUGUCGCCGCUUUUAAUCGUGCUGUGCAUGUAAUACAUGGAUGGGCAUGGGCUGGCACACCAAAUGAAGGUGCUGCUUGGCUACGAUUGCAAAGACUGGCCGACACUUGGCAUAGGAUCCUUUUGAUUCCGGUCACCGGAGGAGUCAUAGUCGGGAUGUUACAUGGGUUACUUGAAAUAUUAGACCAAAUAAAGCAGUCAACUCCCGGCAAUGGUUUGAGUUUCCUGUCUGGAUUUUUUCCUACAGUUAAAGCUAUCCAAGCUGCAGUAACCUUAGGUACUGGGUGUUCUUUGGGUCCUGAAGGCCCAAGUGUCGAUAUUGGAAAAUCAUGUGCCAAUGGAUGCUCGUUAAUGAUGGAAAAUAAUAAAGAACGUAGGAUAGCUCUUGUAGCAGCUGGUGCUGCUGCUGGCAUUGCUUCAGGUUUUAAUGCAGCAGUUGCUGGUUCCUUCUUUGCCAUUGAGACUGUUUUAAGACCUCUGCGUGCUGAAAACUCACCUCCAUUUACAACUGCUAUGAUUAUAUUGGCCUCAGUUAUUUCAUCCACUGUCUCCAAUGCUGUCCUUGGUGAAAAGCAGGCGUUCACAGUGCCCACAUAUGAUUUGAAAUCUGCUGCAGAACUACCUUUGUACCUGAUAUUGGGCAUGUUGUGUGGAGUAGUUAGCGUAUUAUUUACCCGUUUGGUAACAUGGUUUAGUAAUGCAUUUGAAUAUAUAAGAGAACGGUUUGGACUUCCUAGUGUGGUCACGCCCGCUUUAGGUGGUUUAGGAGCAGGGAUAAUAGCACUCAAGUAUCCUGGAGUUCUGUACUGGGGGUUCACGAAUGUUGAUGAAAUUUUACAUACCGGAAAGAUAGCUUCAGCACCUGGAAUCUGGCUUCUAGCACAGUUAGCUGCAGCAAAAGUUGUAGCCACAGCUCUUUGCAAAGGUUCUGGGCUUGUUGGUGGGUUGUAUGCACCAAGUUUAAUGAUUGGUGCUGCAGUGGGUGCGGUUUUCGGAGGUUCAGCAGGACAGUUGAUUAACUCUGCUAUUCCCGGGAACACUGCUAUUGCUGAACCACAGGCGUAUGCAUUAGUAGGAAUGGCUGCAACUUUGGCGUCGGUUUGUUCUGUUCCGUUGACUUCCGUUUUACUUUUGUUUGAGCUGACAAAGGAUUACAGAAUCUUGCUUCCACUCAUGGGGGCUGUUGGGUUAGCUAUAUGGGUACCAUCUGUAGCAAACCAGUCAAAAGAUGCUGAGGGAUCUGAUGCACGAAGAGGUUAUUCUAUGCUUUCACCAGUUGACAAAUUCGAGAACUGGAGACAAACUGGCGAUGGAGAUGAUUUGGAACUUUGUAUCAUGGGGCCUGAUGAUAACCAUGAAGCCAUCGAUGAAGAUAUUAUUCUCGAGGAUUUGAAGGUUUCACAAGCUAUGUCAACCAACUACCUUACUGUGGGAUUAUCGUCGACUAUUAAAGAGGCCGUACAGUGUAUGGACAAUGGACAACAAACUUGCGUGCUUGUUGUUGAUUCUGAUGAGCAUUUAGAAGGGAUUAUGACUUAUGGUGACAUUAAACGUGGCAUGUUGCGGAACUAUGAUGAAUUUUCCGAUGGUGGCUCAUUAACCCCAGAUUUCAGUGAAUGUCUUGUUUCUUCUGUGUGUUCCCGCGAGAUAACCUAUCAUGGGAGAAAACGUGGACUUUUGACUUGCUAUCCUGAGACGGAUUUGGCAAUUGCUAAAAAGCUAAUGGAGGCGAAAGGAGUAAAGCAAUUACCUGUGGUACAACGUGCUGUUCAUUUAGAAAGAAAAAGAAGAAUUGUUGCUAUUCUUUAUUACCAUUCAGUAUGGAACUGUCUCAGAGAGGAACUGAAUCGCAGGGGACACGAGUAUCAGCAGAGGUCAGAAGAUCAUAUUGAAGAAAAGAUAUCCAAUGGCCAUUAAAUUGAAGUUAUUUGCCAGUCGUCAUACUGAAGAUUUUACAAAUAUUAUGUGCCAAAAUGAAAGCCCAUACAGAAAGCAGAGUUUUGAAACUGUAGUUAUCCAAAAUGACACAAGGGUAUGAAACCCUAUUGAGUUUUGAAGGCAGAGGUGAAAUAUCCCAAAAAUGUAGAUGUUAUUAUACGUGUAAUAUACCAAUACAAUUUUUUAACUCUAGUUAUAGGAGGAUUAUUUGAAAAUGUGGUCAAUAAAGCCUAAUUUGUAUCCUUAUUUUGUUGAGGUUGUAGUGUAUUUUACCCUUUAUAUACGAGACAAUUUUUUCCUACACAA